CGCCGCUUCCCCCUUCGCGCGUCGUCGGCGCCUGCGAAACACCAGCGAGGCGAGACGCCGGACCAGGGGCCGACGGUGGGCACCAGCCCGAGCCUCACGCACGGCAAGCGCACGGGCGUGACCUCGCUGUCGCACGACGCACACAGCAUCGCCCCCGCCCACGCCCACGUCGCUCACGUCGCCCCCACCGCCAUCGCCUCGCCGCAACGCCAGGCCGCCAGGCAGCGCAACGUCCGCACCUUCAGACGCAUCUUACUCAUGAUGGCCGUUUCCCUUGUUCUACGAGCACCAGCAUGGGCUGUGACUGUGUUCCUCUUUAACAAGGACGUCAGCGGUUCGUCGGUGUAUUCCUUUUGGCGAAUGAAACUCUCCUUCAGCCUGCUCAACGUGCUUAGCAGUGCUCUCAGCCCGUUGUUAUAUUGUUUUCCGGACCAGACGAUGAAGGCGCUGCGCUGGGUGUUCUGCUGCCGGGAGGCGUUGCAAAGGGAGAGGGCACAGCCGGCU